GUCGACCUCUUCCUGUACUGUUGUGGUUAUAUUCUCAGUAUUCUGCAAUUUGUUUACAUUCACUGCCACCGCUGCUUGAUCUAAUCUAGGCCUUUACCACUUGGAAACGAAGACCUCGUUCGUUGAUACUAUAGGCCUAAGUCCGAAAAAAUAGCCACCCUUUAUUCCUUCCCAUGGUGAUCAUGUCUAAAGCCAGUCGCUUGUCCGAGCGACCGAAACCACCGACGUGGGACGAGAUUGUGGAAGACAUCGGUUCAGCCCCAAACUGUGACGUGGUGUUUUCAAUUGGGAAAGAUUAUCUUCCCCAAAUCUCAGGUUCACUUCCAUCCUCUUUGCCAGAGACAAAUUUGAACUCAUCCACAUCUUCCACUGGCUCUCCGGACUCUGAGUCUGACACAUCACAGAUUGACCAGGGAAAAGUGGAAGCCUCCUAUGCCAACGUCACCAGACUCAUGUCCUUAUGCUCGGAGCUGAAAGAUGUUCCAGCAGAUUUGCUUGAACAAUACGCUAAACUAAGAGACACGGGCGAAGAAAUGACAAAAUCGAUCCAGGAUCUAAAAGAACUGGCACAGAGUAUCCCCAAUACACGAGCAUCAAGCCAAACAGGCAAGGAAAGUGGCCUUAUUGGUGAUUCUGCUGCUGGUAGUGAAAAAGCUGUGUCUACAUCGAAAGGCAAAUCAAAACCAAAGAAGAAAAAAUAAGACCUUUUUAUCAUAAUAAUUUUACUUUGUAUUACCAUGUGAAAGUGGAAAGUAUGCUUUGUGCAUUUUGUGGUGAAUGACUUGA